GGGAGUUUGGGCCUUUUCUUGUGUCCUGUUUGUUAAAGGCAUGCCUGCUACAGCAUUCAAGAGAGCCAUUUCUUAACAAAGGGAAAGAGAUAGAUGUAAAUAAGCUCACGUUUUCAGAAUGAGCGGUUUGUUGUAAGAAGCUGCGGCAGCCCAGAGUCUGCUACUUUGGGCUGGGCUAACCUUUCCCUGUAAAAAAAAAAAAAAUAAUGGAUUAAAAUAUGCACUUUUAAAGUGCGAGUUGCCCGUUCACAUGUUUAUUAGCUAAUUUUCUACCUGCAUGAGCACACUGUCUCAUCUAGCACACUCUUUCUUGGGAUGAAAAGUUUACUCCUGCUAAAAAGGAUGAGUUCAGCUGAUAAACUUGAUGGCGUCUACACUCUAGAGCAUCUCCUGCCAAUCAGAGAUGCGAAUGAAAGCCCUAUUGGAACAAUCAGACCAGCCUUUCAGAAUGUGUACUCUCUGAAUACUGCUCUCUGGAGGAGUGUGAAAAUAAAUUCUCCUUAAUAUUAAGCAUCCAUUGGAGGAAAUUCAUAACCAUAGUGCCUCCAGGAAGUUCAUUGAUCACCCAAGUCUCAGAUAAAAUUGGUGCCAGAAUUUGGUUUGAACUAAUGUGGUAGAACUGAAUACUGGCAAGCACAUAAACCUCUUCAUAAGCCCUGUUGAAUCUUCUUAACCUCAGCUGUGAGGCUCAGAGGAGGAAAACAUUUCUUACUAGCCCCUAGUCUGAGAGUGGUGAACCCUGCAGCCAGCAGGCCUCCUGAAAUAAAUCCAUGGGUGACAGAAGAUUCAGUGACUUCCAAUUCCAAGUUUUAAAUUCAAGCCUCAGACCCAGGUUGGGCAAUGCUACUGCCAAUAAUACUUGCAUUGUUGAUGAUUCCUUCAAGUAUAAUCUGAAUGGUGCUGUCUACAGUGUUGUAUUCAUCCUGGGUCUGAUAACCAACAGUGCCUCUCUGUUUGUCUUCUGCUUCCGCAUGAAAAUGAGAAGUGAGACAGCUAUUUUUAUCACCAAUCUGGCCCUCUCCGAUUUGCUCUUUGUCUGCACUCUACCUUUCAAAAUAUUUUACAAUUUCAACCGCCACUGGCCUUUUGGUGACACUCUCUGCAAGGUAUCUGGGACGGCAUUCCUUACCAACAUCUAUGGAAGCAUGCUCUUCCUCACCUGUAUUAGCGUGGAUCGUUUCCUGGCCAUUGUCUAUCCCUUCCGAUCUCGUACCAUUAGGACCAGGAGGAAUUCUGCCAUUGUGUGUGCUGGAGUCUGGAUCCUAGUUCUCAGUGGUGGUAUUUCAGCCUCCUUGUUCUCAACCACUAAUGUCAACAAUGCAACCACCACCUGCUUUGAGGGCUUCUCCAAACGUGUUUGGAAGACCUAUCUGUCCAAGAUCACCAUAUUUAUUGAAGUUGUUGGGUUCAUCAUUCCUCUGAUAUUGAAUGUCUCUUGCUCUUCUGUGGUGCUAAGAACCCUCCGCAAGCCUGCCACACUGUCUCAAAUUGGGACCAAUAAGAAAAAAGUGCUGAAGAUGAUCACAGUGCAUAUGGCAGUCUUUGUAGUCUGUUUUGUACCCUACAACUCUGUUCUCUUCCUGUAUGCCCUGGUGCGCUCUCAAGCCAUUACCAACUGCUUUUUGGAAAGAUUUGCUAAGAUUAUGUACCCAGUCACCUUGUGUCUUGCAACUCUUAACUGUUGCUUUGACCCUUUCAUCUAUUAUUUCACCCUUGAGUCCUUUCAGAAGUCCUUCUACAUCAAUACCCAUAUCAGGAUGGAGUCCAUGUUUAAGACUGAAACACCUCUUACCACAAAGCCUUCCCUUCCAGCUAUUCAAGAGGAAGUCAGUGAUCCAACAACACAUAAUGGUGGUGAGUUAAUGCUAGAAUCCACCUUCUAGGUACGAGAACUGUCUUUAGAUUCAAAUAUGGUUUUUCCUAUGAUUAUUUUCCUAUGCUAUGAAUAAGAGGAAAGAUUUGGAGCUAAUGAUACUGAGAAUAGAUUAAUGUACUAAAUACACUCAAAUACAUUUAUUUGAACAUUUACUCUAUGUGCUGUUUUGUUCAAUAAUUGUAGGUCAGAUCUAAUUACAACCACCAAAAGUAAUUGCCAAACUCUUCUGCUGGGUUGAAAUUUUAUCGUAUCACAUUAUAUAAGUGGCCAGUGGCCUUGACUUUAGUGAUACAAAGAUUACUUUCAAACUUUUAAAAAGAUACUUUCCUUCUGAAAAUAUUUGGUAAUUAGGUUGGGCCUAUAAAUAUAGAACAAAUUCAGGGAUUAUUUAAAAAAGACAUUUUGUGUUACUACUGAUAUAUUUUUGUUUGAAUUGUUUUCUUUGAAUUUUCAUCAAGUUUAUUUUAGCAUAAGAACAUAUUUUAGCCCAAAAUAAUUAAUAAAAAAUGUAUCCAAUUUAAAAGAGCUGGCAAUUUAUUGUAUAUAUGUUGAAAGCAGAAACAUAAAUUGUGUUUGCAUAAAUGUGGAUGAAAAGAAACAGAAAAUUAACUGAAUUUACACAUUUUCAGUCAGCAGCAGUGCCAGUUUUUUAAAAAAAUGUCUUCCUUUUUUAUACUACAUUAAGAAUUUCAUAUGAAACUUCCAAUCCAGAAAGCUGCUGAAUUUGUGCCUAAGGACAGGUACACAAUGGAAAAUCACAUAAAACAACAAAUGUCCAUUAAAAGUCUAAGCAAUACCAACAUGUUUUUCUUAGAAUUUUCAAUUUCUAAUAUUUCUUUUGAGGGACUGGUUUCUAUAAAAUAUUCUCCAUAUGAAGUUUUGGAGCACAAUGCAGCCAGAAAGCUGCUUCAUUUGUGUAUAGGUUAGGAGCACAGUGAAAAAAAAUUAACAAAGUAAUAACAAAAAAUAAAACCAAUGAUAAGCUUUCUUAAAAUUUGCAUUAAUUAUUUGGGGGUGGGUGGGUAAGAGAGAUUUGUAACUUUAAAUUGCUUAUUUUUUUCAUAUUAAAUUUUAGAACACAGUGUAGCCAUAGCUGCUGAAUUUUCCCCAGGUUGGGAACAUAUAGAAUAAAAUACAUAAUGUAAACCAAACCUAUACAAACAGAAAACCCAGAAAAACUACAAAACAAUAGGAACAGCAAAACGUCUUUCUAACACUUGCAUCAAUAUUUUAUUUAUUUUUUGAGGAUCUUUAAAUUUAAAAAUUUGUAUGAAAUUUUGGAGUACAGUAUAGGUAAAAUUCUGCUGAAUUUGUGCCCAAGUUAGGAGUGAAUUUGAAAAAAAUAAAGCAAAACAACCCCCAACAAACAAGAAAAGCACAAAUAAUUUAGAACUUGUAUUUUUUUGAGCUUUUGCAAAACUUGCCAAAUACUAUAACUUUGAUAUGAUGCUUUGGUUCGAACUGCAGGUAAGCACCCAGUAAAAAAAAUGAAAAUCAAUAUUUUUUUAAAAAGAAGAGGAAAUAUUUUUUGUAACUCACUAAAGCAACAAAAAUCAUUAAAAACUUUACUAUUUAUUGGAUGAAUCAUAAAUUUAAGAAUAUUAAGGCUUGUAAAGAAAACUGAGCACAAUAUAGCUUGAAAGGUGAUAUAUUGUACUUAUGUCAGAAGCAAUGGAAAUAAAUACCACUUAUGUAUACCACACACACACACACACACACACACAUAAUUAAAACACUGCAAAAUGACAAAAAUAUCUUUAAAAUGGGCAUUAGUCAAUUUUUAAAAUAUCUGGAUGAUAUAUCAAUUUUAAUUGCUAAGACUGAAGUAAGACUGCCAGUAACUGCAUUUUGUUAGCUGCUGAACUUGUGCAAAAGAUUAAAAUAUUAAAAACCAUAAAACAACAGCCAAACAGUAAAAAAUUUAAAGCAAAUAUUUUAAUCCCCCCCUUUUUCCCCUUUCUGAUGGUACAUAGAUUUAAAAAUAUUAAGAUUUUAAGUAAAGAUUUGUAAGAAUUAUGUAACUUUAAGAAAUUCUAAAGCUGUUCUUGAAUUAAGAACUAAUUGAAAAAAAUGCUAAAAUAGAAUAGUAAUAAAAAUGAAUUCUCAAAAAUCACAUUACUUUUUCCCUCAUUAUCUAAACUCCUAAAAAUAAUCAUGAAUUAUAUUGUCUUAUGAAAACAGGUUAUUGAUAAAAUAUAUGACAUUAGGUUCAUUUAGAUUCAAUUAGGUUAAGUUAGGUUUAGUUCAGUUGUUAGGCUAUGUUUUAAGAUCAAAUUAGCAAUCAAAGUAUGAAUAAUCUUUUUGUUUUUUCUGGUAUUUUUUUUUUUCAAUUUCUUGUAAGUAUAAACUAUAUGUGAACUUUUGUUUGUGCCCUUGGCUCUAAAAAUUAUGAAAUUUUAGGGUGAUGACACCAAAUGGGAUAUGUUAACCAAGCUGACAUAAAAUAUAUUAAUAAGCCAGUUUCCUUUUUUGUAACUUCUUUAUUUAGCUUUGUUUAAU